GUGGUGGUCGGUCCAUAACAACCCCUGUCACGGAGGCUGAAAGCUACCGCAUAAAAACGUGUGCAUUUAUCGGAUAUGUGUUGUUGCUAAGGACGUGGAUGUGUGUCUUUAAAAUUGAAUUGUCUCCUUGCAAUGGAAAGUGUAAUUUGAGAGAGACACCGCACAAAUACAGCCCGAACGAACGGUGAGAUGCUCUGAGCACGUCAUUCACACUGGGAGAAUACCGUGCCGCAGUGAGCAAACAAUCUCCCGGACACCGCUGAACAGAACUUCUCCCCAGCGGAGGCGAAUAGUUACGGAGUGAUGCGAUGGGGACGAUGCCGUCCCUGACUUCAUUCUGCUUUUAAACCAAGAAAAAACUGUAAUGAAUACUCAAUAACCAGCUACGGGAUCGGCUAGCCUAAGAUUAUAGCGGUCACAGCUGCGCACCUGACACUUACAUGGUUAUUUUGAGGGAUUAGAGAGAGACGGAACUAUCCUGGCACGACAACUGUCCGUGAGUGUUUAUUGUAGCAGUUCUACCUACCACGAGUUCUGCUUCUAAACUGUAACCAAUUUGAUCAGUUAAGAAAGCAAUGUUGCAAUACACUGCAUAAAAUAGGAAUGAAUUACAUUGUAAUUUAUUAAUGCAACAUUUCAAUUGGCUGGCUGGCUGGAUUUGUGAUAAGCUGAGCCGCAUUAAAUCAAGCAGUGGCACCAUUGCACCUGUUAUAAGAGUUUGUCAUCAAUUGGUAUUUUAAUAAAUAUGCCAGAUAUCUCAAGUGAGAUUAUUAUAUUAGGGAUAGUAUAGCUUCCUAACUGCGUCAGUGCAGGCGAACGUUGAAGGUAUGCACUCCCUCACCGCUGGGGAAGGACAAUAAUAGUAGUCGCCUCUGAAUGUCACCGGUAAGUGUCUAAACAUUCCCCGGGGAUGGAUUCCGGGGACGACUCGGGCUCGGACCCGCUACUUGGAUCCACAUUCUCCUCGGUGCCCAAUUUAGACUCUGACAUCAAUGACAAUAGGCCUAUCUAUGAGAACGGUGGACAGCGGAAUGUCAACAUAGAAACGGCAGUGCUGCGUGGGGCAAGCGACCAGAGCGCGUUUCCCUUAUCGGACUACCGGGGACUCGUCCGCCAGAGGUUCAUUCGCAGAAGUUUGUGGUUUUCGGACGCGGACGACCAAGCGUUGGACGCGCCAGAAUGCGGUAACAGCACUCCAGCGCUCAGCGUCCACCUGCGCACCAUCGUGGACCGAACCCGAACCCUCGCGAUUGGACCACGCGUGGCUUUCCAGGUCCAGGAGAGCUCGAGCACCGAGAGCCAAGUGGGGCAGAAGGACAGCGCAACUGAAAGCGUGAGCGCGGAUGAGGAGAAGGAGAGGAGCGUGGCCGAGCCCAAACCAGAUGAUGCAGCUGAACCGCCGCCUGAUACCACUGGGAAAGCUGGGAGUGAUGAAAACGAGGAUGAGAACGAGAUGAAAGCCGUGUCCACCUCACCCGGGGGCCGGUUUCUCAAGUUCGAUACUGAGCUCGGGAGAGGGUCUUUCAAGACUGUUUACAAAGGUCUGGACACAGACACCUGGGUAGAAGUCGCUUGGUGUGAACUUCAGGACCGUAAACUGACUAAAGCGGAGCGUCAGAGGUUUAAGGAGGAGGCAGAGAUGUUGAAGGGUCUCCAGCACCCAAACAUUGUGCGUUUCUAUGACUUCUGGGAGUCACCGGUCAAAGGGAAGAAGUGCAUCGUUCUUGUGACAGAGCUCAUGACCUCAGGGACACUAAAAACGUAUCUCAAGCGUUUCAAGGUGAUGAAGCCCAAGGUUCUGAGGAGCUGGUGUCGACAGAUCCUGAAGGGCCUCCACUUCCUCCACACCAGGACCCCUCCCAUCAUCCACAGGGACCUGAAGUGUGACAACAUCUUCAUCACCGGCCCCACCGGUUCCGUCAAGAUAGGAGACCUGGGAUUAGCUACGCUGAAGAGGGCCUCCUUCGCCAAGAGUGUCAUCGGCACCCCAGAGUUCAUGGCCCCUGAGAUGUAUGAGGAGCACUAUGAUGAGGCGGUGGACGUCUAUGCCUUCGGGAUGUGUAUGUUGGAGAUGGCCACCUCAGAAUACCCCUACUCCGAGUGCCAGAACGCUGCUCAGAUCUACCGCAAAGUCACCGGCGGGGUGAAGCCUGCCAGUUAUGAUAAGAUCAGUGACCCAGAGAUUAAGGAGAUCAUCGGGGAGUGUAUCUGCCAUCGGAGGGAAGAGAGGUACACCAUAAAGGACCUCUUGAACCAUGCCUUCUUUGCGGAGGACACAGGCGUAAGGGUGGAGCUGGCCGAGGAGGAUGAUGGGGAAAAGAAUUCCAUUGCCCUCAAGGUGUGGGUGGAGGACCCUAAGAAGCUGAAGGGGAAGUACAAGGACAGCGGGGCCAUCGAGUUCACCUUUGACCUGGAGAAAGAGACCCCAGAGGGUGUGGCCCAGGAGAUGGUGGAGUCGGGCUUCUUCCUGGACAGCGAUGUGAAGAUAGUAGGAAAGUCCAUCAAGGACCGAGUGGCUCUCAUCAAAUGGAGGAGGGAUCGGACCGUCCCUGCAGUCGACACCCAGACCCAGAACCUGCUACAGUUGCCCAGCAUGGGGUUACCACCACAGGGGGCGCCACUGGCCCCAGCAGAGUCUGAGGAGGAAGAGGGUGACCAGCCCCUUACCCUGCUCUGCAGCCUGCCGGCCCCAUACAGUCAGCACAGUGCCCCCUACCAGUCCCUCCCAGAGCCCAUAUCUACACCCCAGGUCUACAGCCCACCUGUGCAGUCCCAGGCCCAGCUGCACCAGGCGGCCUACCAGCAGCCCACUGCACAGCCUCCGCAGGUGGCCUACUCCCAUGCUAGUACCACACAGUUUCAUCAGGGGGCCUACCAGUCUCCACCUCCCAGUACAGGAUUGACCCAGCCCCAGGCUCGGCAUAUCUCUGCUCCAGCCACACCAGGGCCUACAGUACAUAAGAGCAGACCAGCUGCAACACAGAGCUUCUCAGCUGCUGCCCAUGUCCCCACUGGACAGGCACAGGCACAGCUUACUGCUCCUGUCCAGCCCAACCAGGAGUUGUCUACCAGUCAGCCUCUACCUGAGCAGUGCUCUGACAUCACCACCAGUCUGGUCCAAUCAGCUGCCUUCCUGGCCAGCAGUGCUCCUCCCCCUCUACAGCAGCCUGCCCAGGCCACACCCCCUAUUGAGCCACUACAGAUCAAGACAGAGAUCCAGACUGGUGCCCCUCAGGACCCCCAGGGAGAGGCUCCGGUGUCACCACUGGCCCCGCUCCACCCCGUCCAGCCUGCCGUCCUGUCCCCAGACCCUGCUGCUGCAGCCGGGUCUGAUCAGACACUCCCUGAGAGUCCAGCCCCGGCCCCACCCCUGGCUCCAGCCUCGGCUCUGGCUGCAGCCUUGCAGCAGGCUGGCACCCAGAAAGGUACCAGCCUGCCCACGACUCAGCAGAACCUGGAAACUGAGUCCAUAUCUACCGUUUCCCAACCUGAGGACAGCCAAGAGGAGCCAGUGCAAGAGAAACCCAUGGCGUUUCACAGUUAUGCAGGCUAUGACAGCUUCAACUCAGAUGUGGCGUCGGGUAAGGAGAUGAGUGAUGGUUACGAUGGCUCGGCCAGCAGCGGGAAGGGAGAUGGGAAGUCCCGGAAACACCACCGCAAGUCGACCCGCACACGCUCACGCCAAGAGAAGACCAACAAGCCCAAACUGAGCAUGCUCAAUGUGAGCAACACGGGCGAUAAGAUGGUGGAGUGCCAGCUGGAGACCCACAACCACAAAAUGGUAACCUUCAAGUUUGACCUGGACGGAGAUGCUCCAGAAGAAAUCGCUAUUUACAUGGCAGAGAAUUUCUUCAUCCUACCCAUAGAGAAGGCGAUGUUCAUUGACCAGUUGAAGGACAUCGUGGACAAGGCUGAGGACAUGCUGAGCGAGGACAUGGAGGGAGAGACGGACUCUGCUUUGGGGGGCAGUCCCCAACUGGGACACACCUCUUGGGGGCCGGGGGGAGAGAGUCAGCAGCCUGGAGCACCCCAGCCUGUUUAUCAGCAGAAUGUGCUCCACACAGGGAAGCGAUGGUUCAUCAUCUGCCCAGUGGAGGAGACUCCCAGCUCCAACCAGGAUGGGACUGCAAACAUGUCUGCCGAUGGGACUACAACUACUCAACAUGAUGUGACUACAACUACUCAACAUGAUGGGACUACAACUACUCAACAUGAUGGGACUACAACUACUCAACAUGAUGGGACUACAACUACUCAACAUGAUGGGACUACAACUACUCAACAUGAUGGGACUACAACUACUCAACAUGAUGGGACUACAACUACUCAACAUGAUGGGACUACAACUACUCAACAUGAUGGGACUACAACUACUCAACAUGAUGGGACUACAACUACUCAACAUGAUGGGACUACAACUACUCAACAUGAUGGGACUACAACUACUCAACAUGAUGGGACUACAACUACUCAACAUGAUGGGACUGCUCAGCCUGAUGGAAGUGCUGUGCCAGUAUCAGCGUCCUCCUCCAUAGCUAACUCUGUGUCUGGGGGGAGUGGAGGCUUCAACUACGAGGGCUAUGGCCUCUGUAGCCCUCCCAUCCUGUCCUCCACAGACCCUCUCCUCCUGGCUAUGUCCCAUGUCUCAGCUCCCUCUGGCCCCCCAUCUGUCCAACCAGGCCAUCCUCCAGAGGGCCAGGCCCACAGCUCUAUCCUGCCCAGGCUGCAUCACACCCAGUCAGCCUUGGCUCUGCCAGUGGCCCCCUCUGGAGGUCUCCGUAGCUCCCUGCCUGGAGAGGAGCACCAGGGGGGAGGGCGUCUUGGUGCCAUCUCCCCCAUCCAUGCCGUCCAGCAGAUGGCGGAGAUGGCAUGUGCUGCCUCCAUGGUGGAGGAGGUGCCCUGCUGCCCACUGGCCAUGCCAAUGUUCCUGGAUGUGAGUGGUGGAGGCCAGGGGAAAUCAGCUCCUCUCACCCUUCUGCCCUCCCAGGACCCCUCUACCUCCUCAGCCAGAGAGUCCCUCCAACUCUCCUACCCCUCCGUUGCCCGCCCUGACCGCUCCCAGCCGCCUGUGGUGCUCCAGCAGCCCUUCUCCAUGGGUGGAGCAAAGGCCCCCUCGCUGCCCCAGAGCCCUGCCCCCCACCAGCACACAGCAGGGGGGCCUAGUGAGUCAGAUGGGGAGGGGCGAGGGGUGGGGGGCCGAGGGGGCUUUGUGGACAGCACCAUCAAGACUCUGGACGAGAAGCUGAGGACCCUGCUGUACCAGGAGUACGCCCCCAUGUAUCCAUCAGGCAGUGCUGCGGAGACGCCAGGCUCGGGGACGGAGUACGUCCAAUCCCCUCCUGGUCCAGACAGCGCCACCUUGGGUUCAGGAAGCAGCACCCCCCAACCUAUGGGGGAGGGGCGCUACCGGACAGGGGAACAACUGCCUCAGAUUCCAGAGAGGAUGGACAGUUUGAGCACGUUGAGUGAUUCUGCGGUGUGUGCUCCCAUGUCUAGGAGACAAAACGUGCCACACUCUACCUCCUGCUCUGGCUCUGGAUCCAGAGGCCAGUUUAAGAUGAUCACAGACCUUCCUGAUGUGGUGACGCAAGGAGAGCGGAAGCAGAGGAGUUGGAGCAGCGCUGCCUCCCCGGUGCACCCUGCUGGCCAUCUCUCAGACUACCGCAGCAGUGCCCAGGCCGCCUCCACCAUUAUCGGACGUUUCUCAGUGGUCAGCACCGAGGACGACGUCACCCUGAGGACCUAUGACAGCCGCUACUCCGCCCCGCCAGACUUCUACCUUGAUACACCCCCCGCCAUGGCCAAACGGGGGUCGUUGACACACGCCUCCACAUCCACCUCCGUGUCUGUUGAUGUUACAGUCCACGCUCACGCGCGCUUCCUGUCCUCGGACUCGGAGAGUAGUCCGGCCAAGCUGGCCCCGGCCACGCCCUCACGCCACGGUCGCUCAGGGGAGCGUAGAGGAAGUGACCUCAUGAAGAGAGCGGUGGCUUUCCUACGCCGUUCAGGCCGUAGUAGUAGUGUGCAGAGCUCUGAUUCGCUGAGCCGGCAGGGGGGCGUGCAUGGCUCGGCCUAUGUGAGCAGUGAUAAUGACUCUGAGUUAGAGGACUCGGAUAUGAAGAGAGAGCUGACCAGACUCAGGGAGAAACAUUUAAAGGAGCUCUCGGAGCUGCAGGCGCACCACAGAGGGGAGAUAGAGCUGCUGUACCGCAGGCUGGGUAAAGCCACCCCACCCCUCCUUGGUCUCUCUCACUCAGUUCCCCCCAAGCGGAGGAGCAAGCACAAGCACAAACUGAAGGCUGAAAAACUCCUCAGUCCUCUGGUACAACAGCUUAGGCAUGUCACCCCCAAAACCAGCGACUCUGGCAAAACCAGUGAGCCUACAGUCAGUCUGAACUGGUCUCCAGCCAAAGCUCCAUUACAGUCGGACAGAAGAGCCCGUUCAGGUACCAGUCACUUGGAUACCUUCACCUCCACCUCUGAACCUGUCCAGACCAAGCAGCCCUGCUCCCUCAAGGGUUCCCUCUCUUCAGACAACAUCUACGCUGGAGCUGGACUACACGGAGAGAGGACAGGACCACAAGCUUCACCAGGCCAAGGGUCAACUCUGAAACGACUCUGCCUUGGAAAAGAGCGUGGAAGGGGGACUGGAGCAGGCCCAGGUGCAUCCACCCAGCCACCCCAACAACAGACAGCCAGCUCUACUUCUCCCCACCAGACAGUAGCAGGGCUGGCCCAAACCCAGGCCAACAACAGCAACAACAAGACAGGCACCUACACCGGCACCUACAUGGGCUCCUACACAGAGUCCUUCACAGACUCCCUUCACAGGAUAGUGGAUGAUUGGACCAUGGAGGCCCUGGGUGUCACCCGGCACCCGCGGACCAGCUCCCUCAGCCGCAGAGGGCAACCACUUUGGAACGAGGACCCCGGGGGGCCCAGAACAAGAGACAGACUGUUCAGCGCUCCAGAUGCACCUGCCAGGACAGCCCCUGGCUCUGAAGGCCCCCAGCUCCCCCUGUCAUGGCCGAUGAUUGACAAUUAGGCCCUGUGCUCAGUGAUGAAGACCAGCUCCCCGAGACAGGCAGAGUUCCAUCCUGGCUACAUGCUGGCCCAUUCAGGCCCAGACCUGUUUGGAGGGCUGCUGCUCUCGCCCCUCUCGCCCCUCUGUGUAAGCCUUUGGCCUGAGCUGCUGUCCCCCUUGGGUUCAGGGGUGUUUGCUUUACCUGCCGUGCCCCCAACCUGUGACACCACCACCCCUGGUCCACCCUACCCCAAACCCAGGAACCACUAACCCCUGUAGCUCCAUGUCUUCCAACUAUGUUUCCAAAAUGAGUUAUAUGUAGUUAGAGCUCUAGUCUUCCCUUACCACAAUGUAAACUAUUUCUAUUUAACCAGCAUAUAUGUAUAUGAUAAGUAUUUGUAUACACACUGAGUGUACAAAACAUUAAGAACACCUUCCUACUAUUGAGUUCCCCCCACCUUUUGCCCUUAGAACAGCCUCAAAUCGUUGGGGC